AUAUUUGAAUAUUCCAGCAUUUUAGCCACCACAACAGGUUUAUAUGUUUCCUUAUAGAAGAAGAAUAUGUUGGCUUGUAUAUUUGAUUAUUCCAGCAUUUCAGCGACCACAACAGGUUUAUAUGUUUCCUAUAUAUAUUAUUCUAUUAUAUAUUAUCCUAGUGUGAGAAAUCCUAGGAGUGGUCCAAUAACGGCGCUGGUCUACUCACAGCAGGGCUGUGGAAGAAAUUUCAUCCAGACCGCCUUCCCAUACGCAGCAUUGACUACUUUGCUACGGGAAUAUCAAGUCACAGAAUGCCAGAAAAUGGCGGGUGGGAUCAUCAUCAUCAUUAUCAAUAAAUGUGGCGAUCUCUCACAUCAAUUCGAAAGGGAACAAAAUCUCUGAUAUAUCUGUACUGGUCUUCUACAAAAUUUGUUACUGUAUUUUCUUUAAUCGGAUUCCCAAAGUAACUCUUUCUCAACAUGGUGCAUGGUUCAUCUGAUUCGAUUUAUUCCAAUGCAGUUUUGGUCUUUACUUUAAACACUUUCCCUAGGUGUUUUAAGACAUCUUCUUAACCUGAGGCUUUAACGGGCUUCACAUAAAGUAACAACCAGUGGCGGAUCAACCUAGGAGCGGCCGCUCGAAGUCUCGUCCGCGAGGGAAGUCCUGUUGUUUUCCUCUCAAGUUAGAGGGGCCUCAACUGCCAUUCCGCUCGGGGCUUCCAAAUACCUUAACCCGCUACUGGUAACAACGGUGAAAGGUGUUUGAUCCUGGCUGCACUGCUAAUUACUAACAGAUACAAAUGAUAGGAACGAUUGUGACGGUUCGGUAGUCGAUACGGUAGUGACACGACAGAAUCAAGAAUAUUGGCGACAGGGCUGUAGUGUAGCAACCUUUAGGGAUACCUUAGUUUAGUAACCUUGGUUUGUUAAUUGGGUAACAUGGGCUAGCGAAGAAUAAAACGACAGUUGUGUGGAGAACACGAGACAGAACAGACGUGCACAAACGCGAUACUACAUUUGGCGACGAGGAGUAAAAUACAGUAAUAGUGAAGAGAAGAAGAAGUGAAGGAAAGACAGAUAUUCUGAAAAUUAAAAGCUAUGAAUCCUAUGGACAUGUUGCGAAUGCCGGGCAUUUUGCCCUAUCCGUUCAAUUAUGAAGAGCAUUCGGAAAAUACAGGCGUGGAAUGGAAAAAGUGGCUCAGAUCGUUCGAAUUUACGAUCAAAGCAUGUCGAAUCGUCGAUGAAGAUUGGAAAAAGGAUCUUUUACUUCAUUUUGUUGGCCCAAAUGUGCAGCAAAUUUUUGAGACGCUACCAGAAUUACCGAACACCGAGAUGCGCGGCCCGCUUGCAAAUGUCGAGCAAUACACCCCAAACAUGUCGGCUUAUGAAGAAGCAGUUGCAAGAUUGGAUAAAUUCUUCCUUCCAAAGCAGAACCCAACGUAUGAACGGCAUUUGUUUCGACAAGUAAAACAAAAAUCUGGAGAAAGCUUUGAUAGUUUCAUCAUGAGAUUGCGUGUACAAGCAGAACGAUGUAAUUUCGGUGAAAAGUUAGAAGAGCACGUGAAAGACCAAGUGAUAGAGAAUUGCCAAUCUGCAGCAUUACGCCGAGAGUUUCUCAGACAAGGUGAUGCCAGUCUUGACAAAAUAGUGAGCGUUGCCAAAAUCUUCGAGACUGUUGCCCAUCAAGAAAAAUCAUUCGCUGGUAGCAAGGAGCAUGUUGAUCUGGUGCAUAGCAUAGAAGAACCUCAGCAUGGCAAGAAGAGAAAAAUACCUGAACCAAAACAACAAGAAUGUCAUCGAUGUGGCUAUUCAGGACACCUAGCGAGAGAAAAUAAAUGCCCGGCAAAAGGAAAAAUAUGCAACAAAUGUGGAGGCAGAGACCACUUUGCAAAAAAGUGCCGCACUAAGCAGUCCGAAAAUUACCCGAGAAAAUUCCCUCGGAAGCAGGACCGUUACUAUAACACAACCAAUAAAAGAGACCAAGAGAACAAUGCAGUGAACCACGUUGCAAACGAAAAAGCCGAAUACGUUUUUCAUCUUACAUCUUCAGACAACAACACUGUAGUAGAUUGCAUUAUUGGAGGUGUCGGAAUAACUGCAGUAAUAGAUUCUGGAUCGAAAUACAACCUGAUCAGUAAGAAAACAUGGGAAGAAAUGAAAUUGCUCCACAUAAAGGUAACAAAUCAAAGACGAGAGACUGCAUUAAAUCUCAAAGCAUAUGGUGGGCAGCCUCUAUCAAUAAUCGGCAUGUUCACUGCUACAAUCUCCCUUGGUACGGCUAAGACAGUUGCAGAUUUUUACGUUGUUGAAGGGGACGGAAAAACCCUUAUCGGCCGUGAUACUGCAAUCUACAUGGGAAUUUUAAAAAUAAGCAUACCAGUAAAUGCUGUUGAAGGCGAGAAGGGCAAGUUAGGAACCAUCAAUAAUAUCGUUUUGGAUUUGCCGAUUAAGCCCGAUGCAGUACCAGUUGCCCAACCAUAUCGUCGUAUCCCAGUUGCUUUAGAAAAGCUGGUGGACAAAAAGCUGGACGAAUUGCUGGAGCAAGGAGUUAUUGAACAAGUAAAUGAGCCAUCAAAGUGGAUAUCUCCAGUAGUAGUAGUGCCAAAGGGAGAUGACGACGUUCGUAUCUGUGUGGACAUGAGACGAGCUAACGAAGCGGUGGAAAGAGAGAACCAUCCCUUACCAACCUUCGAAGAUUUUCUGCCAGAAUUGGUGAAGGCAAAUGUAUUUUCUCGAUUAGAUGUGAAGAAUGCUUUUCAUCAGGUAGAAAUAUCGAAACAAUCUCGAAGUAUUACAACAUUCAUUACACGACGAGGGUUAUUCCGCUAUACAAGACUAAUGUUUGGUAUAAAUUGUGCCCCAGAAUUGUUUCAGAAACUAAUGGAACAAAUUCUGACUGGCUGUGAAGGCUGUUUGAAUUUCAUCGACGAUAUCAUUGUUUAUGGACCGGACCAAGAACAGCAUGAUGAAAGGUUAAAAAAAGUCCUCCAGCGUCUAAAAGAGUGGAAUGUGCUAUUGAAUGCAGAAAAGUGCACAUAUGGAGUACAGCAAACGAAAUUUUUAGGACACGUUUUGUCUGCAAAUGGAAUCACACCAGAUAAUGACAAGGUGGAAUCGAUUCGGAACUUUAGGGAACCUAAAUCAGGGGAAGAGGUUCGUAGCUUUCUGGGGUUAGUAAACUAUUUAGGAAGAUUUAUUCCCGAUUUAGCAACCAUUACAUUUCCGUUAAGACAGCUGACAAGUCAUAAUCAAGUUUUCAUUUGGAAAUCCGAGCAACAAGAGGCAUUUAACAAACUAAAAUCAAUCAUGAUGUGCCCUUCAACAUUAGGCUACUUUGAUGUCUCGGAUAGAACGCAGCUUAUAGCAGAUGCGAGUCCGGUCGGCCUUGGAGCAGUGUUGGUUCAAAUAGAUGCACAAAGUGUUCCACGAAUUAUAGCCUAUGCCAGUAAAAGUUUAUCAAUUGUUGAAAGGCGAUAUGCCCAGAUAGAAAAAGAAGCUUUAGCUUUGGUUUGGGCUGUAGAAAGAUUUCAUUUUUAUUUAUACGGACGUAAUUUUGAAUUGAUUACGGACCAUAAACCUUUAGAAAUUAUUUUCGGACCGAAAUCAAAACCAUGCGCUAGGAUCGAAAGGUGGGUUGUUCGCCUACAAUCAUACAAAGCAUCUGUCAUUUAUAGAUCAGGGAAAACUAACAUCGCCGACCCCUUAUCACGUCUAGCCAUUACGGAGGUUGUGGAUGGGAAAACAUUUGACGAAUGCGGGGAAGAAUAUGUUUCUUGGAUAGUUUCUAAUGCAUCACCAGUCGCUCUUUCUUUGAAGGAAAUAGAACAAGCUUCAGAGGCAGACGAGAUUAUUCAAGCAGUUCGUCAAGGGCUUGAAAAAGAUGUUUGGUCUGAAGAUACUUCGUCAUUUAAGACGUUUUCUACGGAAUUGUGCUUUGCAGAUAAAAUUCUGUUGCGUGGCACUAGAAUUGUUAUUCCAAAUCUAUUACGAGAGCGAACUUUGCAUUUAGCACACGAAGGACACCCCGGUAUGACUAUCAUGAAACAACGUCUAAGAGCUAAAGUGUGGUGGCCCAAAUUAGAUCAACAAGUCGAAAAUUACGUUAAAAAGUGCAAGGGCUGCAUGAUGGUCUCUAUACCAUCUGCACCCGAGCCAAUGAUAAGAAGGGAACUACCAUCGGCACCGUGGCAACAUGUAGCAAUAGAUUUCCUCGGUCCACUCCCUUCAGGGCAUUCUUUGUUGGUCGUAGUUGAUUAUUUCAGUAGAUAUAUAGAAGUAGAAAUAAUGAAAAAGAUCGACUCUACAGAAACUAUUAAACGACUUAAUCCAAUUCUUGCUCGGUUCGGAUUACCUUUAUCUAUAACUGCAGAUAACGGCCCCCAAUUCUCUAGUGAUGAAUUCAAAGUGUAUUGUAGUACGAAUAAUAUUAAUUUGAUAAGCACAACACCUUAUUGGCCUCAGCAAAAUGGAGAAGUUGAGAGACAAAACAGGUCUUUACUUAAAAGAUUAAUGAUUAGUCAAUCAAUGAACACUGACUGGGAAGAAGAAUUGAACAAAUAUCUUCUAAUGUAUAGAUCAUCUCCGCAUUCAACAACUAAAAGAACACCAUCAGAAAUGCUUUUGUCAUACAAUAUUCGUGAUCGACUUCCAUCUAUUUAUGAACCAAAAAUUGCAGACGAAGAAAUAUCAGACCGUGAUAAAAUUUCAAAAGAAAAAGGCAAACUAUACGCAGAUAAACGCAGGAACGCUAAAUGUAACCCUAUAGCUGAAGGAGAUGAGGUUCUAAUGAAAAAAACAUUUAAAGCUAACAAAUUGUCAACAAAUUUUGGAUCCAAAAUUUUCAAAGUCGUGAAAAGAAAAGGAGGUGAUGUAGUAGUGGAAUGCAAAGAAACAGGAGUUCAGUAUCGUAGGCAUGUCUCUCAUUUAUUAAAAAUAGCUGUUGACGAAAGCGCUCCGGCAUCUUCUUUAAAUGAACGUAACAAAUCUGUAGGCAUUAAUGAUACUUCAGUUCCGGCUACCACAUCAAACAAACAGCACCUCGUAAACUCACAGGCAUCGUUAGAACAGGAGUUACAAAGAAGUAAGCGAACUAUAACCAAACCAACUCAUUUAAAAGAUUAUGUGAGCACAGUUGAAGUUGGUUUAUAAUAGUAGAGUUAGGAUAAAAUGAAUUAUAAAAAAAUUAUAAAAAGAAAAAGUGAAUGUAGUGUAGCAACCUUUAGGGAUACCUUAGUUUAGUAACCUUGGUUUGUUAAUUGGGUAACAUGGGCUAGCGAAGAAUAAAACGACAGUUGUGUGGAGAACACGAGACAGAACAGACGUGCACAAACGCGAUACUACAAGGGCUGGUAGUGAAGUACAGUCUGGCUGUGAAUUUGUUCAAGUUCAAACGUGUUUUUGCCAAAAUAUGCCGAAUUAAAAUGUUCCAUAUCAGAAAAAUCAAAUACACCAGUUUUGCGAAAUCUUGUAUGGAAAUAAGUCAGAUCAUGAUACCUUGUGGUCGACACGCUUGCUUGAAAUAACCAGUGACUUUUUGUUUGCAUUUUUUUCGGAGUUUCAUCGAGCAUUUUAUUUUCCUAACAUGUUAAAUAAUCUGCCGUUGCGCUCUGCUAAUAGCUGAUGAAUCAACGAUCAGCAUCGAUAGACAUCGUGUGCAUCGUUUUCUCGCCCCAGGUUUGAACCUUGUACCAAAGCAGCUGCUGUUGCUAUUUGGGAGAGAAGAAGAAAUGAAAACUUCUCGAAACAGCUCAGCAAAAGUACGGCCCCAAUGUUUAUAACGACCCUCUUUCGAUCAUACACGCUGAGUUGAAGGUUACUAACGCCCUUGAUCAAGCAUCACGGUGAAUGCAAUUCACCGGACGGAAAGUUGAACCAACGGAAAGUCGCGAGUCGUGGAAGGGGCCAAAAGACAUAAUUUCAAUCUCCAGCAGUUCAUUCACCAAAUCCACUCCACAACCCAUCCGCCUGCUCGUAGUGCGUGUACUUUAGCAUGCCGAAACAUAAUUGCUCUUGAGCUCCACCGUGUUGUGGUGAGGCUUGGGUUGCAAUAGAAGUAUCCCUUCCUACAAAAGUAUCCCUCUCCUCUCGAAUGCUGUCUGAAAUCUGAAAGCGGCUCAAGAAGGGAGAUGUCGGUAAUAUAAAAGAAGUAGCGAUAGAUUUUUUGGACGUUUAGUCCACGAUCAUCUCUUCUGCUGGCUGUGGUGUUUGCUGCAUCAAAGUGCUUUCAGGUGUCGCUAGGUGUUAUUGUUGUUGUGCAGAAAAGGUUCGCUAUAAUGCACUGCCCAGUUGGAAGAUAUUGCGGGCUGGCGGUUAUCGGUUGCUGGCUGGCUUUUCUUUCCGCUACGCAAGCGUUUCCCGAUGGUGCUCCGGCCGAUACGUGCGUAAAGAGUCGAACGAACGAACCGAACCAUGGUGCAGCACGCAGCCAAAGCCAGGCGUCACUACCGUAUCAGGUGACGGCGAGCGGCAACGCGUACGGUCCCGGCACUCAGAUUCAGGUCACAAUACACGGCCACCAGGACGUGUUCCGAGGAUUUUUCCUGCAGGCACGCGACGCACAGACAAACGAAUGGAUCGGUUCGUGGUACGAGACGCUCAACACGAAAACCAUCCCAGAGUGUUCGUCGGUGACGCACGCCGACAAUCGGGACAAGGAACAGGCCACCUUCGUCUGGCAGGCACCGAAGGAUCGCCAAGGGCAGGUGUACUUUACCGGUACAAUUGUGAAAAACUAUGGUACCUACUGGGCUAAUGUGAUUGCUGCCGUUCCCGGUGCAUUAGGACGCCAUCUCUAAUGCUACGCUGGAGCAAGUAGGAUCAAAAUGGGGCGUUGCUGUAAAUAUACCGUACAUUAAAACAUGA